AUGGGACGUUUCGUUUUGCACAUCAUCUUCAAUUCUUCAGAAGCUACAGCUGCAGCACACAGAUACUCGAGCUCGGACUCGGAGCAAAGAGAGCAGCUAGUUAGUCACUUGUUCGCGAGAGUGUCUGUGACUUGUGAGAACCGUGUGAGCGAUCAUGGCGGCGUCUCUGCUAGGCCUGUACACCAGCGGCAGCGGCCAGGGCGGGAGGGUCCACGGCAGGAGCGGUGCCCGGUCGGCUGCGGCGGUGAAGCAGCUUCUUUCGAGGUUGAGGUGCUCUUGGAGGAGACGCGCGGCGCGGCCCAGGCGAAGCGCGUUAGCUAUGCAAAGGACAAUUGCUUUGGUCAGCUAACUGUUGGAAUGGAUGGCUUCACUUUACUUUGUUGA